GGGGCGGAGCCUGAGCGCAGAUGAGCGACGUGUUCUACUGGCGCUGCUCAUUCAUCGCUCCAACAUGGUGUUAUUAGAAAACGACGCGUUUCUGACAGAACUGACUCGGCUCUUCCAGAAGUGCAGGACCAGCGGCAGCGUCCUCAUCACCCUCAAGAAGUAUGAUGGCAGAACGAAGCCCGUGCCGAGGAAAGGCCAUCCGGAGACGUUUGAGCCGGCGGAUAAUAAAUGUCUCCUCAGAGCUUCAGACGGCAAGAGGAAAAUCAGCACAGUGGUCAGCACCAAAGAAGUAAUAAAAUUUCAAAUGGCGUAUUCGAACUUGUUGCGAGCGCACAUGGACGGCUUGAAAAAGAAGGACAAAAAGAGUAAAAGCAAGAAAACUAAAGCCACACAGUGAGGAGAUUUACACAGUGCCACGAGCCGUUUCCCAUCAGCCACUGCAGCACCAGGAUAAAUAACAGCGUCUACAGCCGGACUGAACUUUACUACACAAAUACUAGAGUAAAAUAAUUCCAGCUGUAAUGAAGCUCGGCCUGUUCUGUUGCUCACAGCUUCAUUAUUCAAGCCAUGUUUUGAGUAAAUCAGUGUUUUCUAUGGUGAGCCGACAGGAGCUCACUGCUUUUAUUUCAGUUUUGGAUGAGAUGAAUUUUCUAAAGUCUAAAAGGAGAUCUCCUUACUGUCAUUUUGUUUCUGAUUUGGCAUGAGCGUGGAGUUCUUUUCUUAAAUAUAUGAUUCUGGUUUGUUUUGCCAUCGUUUUUUUUUUUUUUUUAGACAUGAACGAAUCCACCCUUGUAGAUCUGCAAAUAAAUUAUGUUUAUUGCAUUUGA